UUCCUCCAUUUUCACAUGACGUGAUCAGUGUCUGGGAGUGGAUCUUCGAACUCAACAAAAUGAAUCUUCUUCUUGCUUUUUAAAGAGAAUAUACGAUAAAAGGCGAAAUUAACAAUAUUAUCGUACCAAAUCAAUUCAUAGUAUUAGGUAAGACUUGCAGAAGGCAAAAGUCAGGCAGCUAAUAAUCUCAUUCCUUGAUCAGUUGUUUACAAGUUUUGCAAAAUAGCCAGAACGAUCACCGUCAGGAAUUUCCUUCUCCUCAACCAAUACUAUUACUUAAGAAAUACAAAAAUAUAUCCACAGACAAAAUAUACUCCAAUCAUGAGAGGAGGCUCGUCGUAUGGGGACAGGGACCGGGACCGUGGACGAGACAGAGGGCCACGCUUUGGGUCCAGCAGCCGAAGGAGUCCCCCACCUCCAAAGUUUGGCAAUCCUGGUGAUAGACUGCGGAAGAAGAAAUGGAACCUGGAUGAGCUACCCAAGUUUGAGAAGAACUUUUAUAGCGAACACCUGGAGGUCCAGCGAAUGACACAGUAUGAUGUGGAAGAGUUCCGCCGCAAGAAAGAGAUCACAAUCAGAGGCUCUGGCUGCCCCAAACCCGUCAUGCACUUCCAUCAGGCCCAGUUCCCCCAGUAUGUAAUAGAUGUGCUGUUGCACCACAACUUUAAGGAGCCCACUCCUAUCCAAGCACAGGGGUUUCCCCUGGCACUGAGUGGCAGAGACAUGGUGGGCAUCGCCCAGACGGGAUCUGGAAAGACCCUGGCAUAUCUCCUCCCAGCCAUUGUACACAUCAACCAUCAGCCUUACUUGGAGAGAGGCGAUGGACCUAUUUGUCUUGUCCUCGCUCCCACUCGAGAACUCGCACAGCAGGUGCAGCAGGUGGCCUCUGACUAUGGGAAGUCGUCCCGCACCAAGAGCACCUGUGUGUACGGAGGGGCCCCCAAAGGGCCACAGAUACGGGACCUGGAGAGAGGGGUGGAGAUCUGCAUUGCCACGCCAGGUCGUCUCAUUGACUUCCUGGAGGUCGGGAAGACCAACCUGCGGCGCUGCACGUACCUGGUGCUGGACGAGGCUGACCGCAUGCUGGACAUGGGCUUCGAGCCCCAGAUCCGCAAGAUCGUGGACCAAAUCCGUCCGGACCGACAGACUCUGAUGUGGAGCGCCACCUGGCCCAAAGACGUGCGCCAGCUGGCGGAGGACUUCCUGCGGGACUCCGUGCAGAUCAACGUGGGCGCCCUGGAGCUGAGCGCCAACCACAACAUCCUGCAGAUAGUGGAUGUGUGCAUGGAGACGGAGAAGGACAACAAGCUGCUCCAGCUAAUGGAGGAGAUAAUGGCUGAGAAGGAGAACAAAACCAUCAUCUUCGUGGAGACGAAGAAGCGCUGCGAUGAACUGACACGCCGCAUGCGGAGGGAUGGGUGGCCUGCCAUGUGUAUCCAUGGUGAUAAGACUCAGCCAGAGAGAGACUGGGUUUUGUCAGAGUUCCGUAGUGGCAAAGCUCCUAUCCUCAUUGCCACAGAUGUGGCCUCUCGUGGGCUGGAUGUGGAGGACAUCAAGUUCGUCAUCAACUACGACUACCCCAACUCGUCCGAGGACUACGUGCACCGCAUCGGCCGCACGGCCCGCAGCACCAACAAGGGCACGGCCUACACCUUCUUCACCCCAGGCAACCUGCGGCAGGUGCGGGACCUGGUGCGCGUGCUGGAGGAGGCGCGCCAGGCCAUCAACCCCAAGCUGCUGCAGCUGGUGGGCUCUGGCCGUGGAGGAGGAGGAGGAGGAGGUGGUAGGAUGCGCUACCGUAGCAGUGUCUCCAACUCGGACAACCCCAACAUGAUGUUCCAAGAUGCGUGUGAGCGGCGAAUGCUCGGCGGCUCAAAGGACAGCCGUGGAAACAGCUCCAAUUUCAGCCGCGAUGGACGCUCUGCUGGCGUCAGCCGCGACUCCGACCGCUCCACUUCCUCGUCUUACAGGGGCCGCAGCGGCUACAACGACCAGUUCCAGGGUUACGGCUCCAGGGGGGGUGGCUCCCAGUCAGGUGGAGGUGGAGGAGGGGGCGGCGGGCAGGAGCCCUCAGGGCCACCACAGGGCCCCUUCGGCCAGCCCCCUCCCCCACCUGCCCAGGGCGGGUCUGGGCCCAAGCCUCUCAUGGCGCAGCAGUUCCCCCCGCCCCCCCAGCCCAUGAUGGGGUUCAUAGGUCAGGGCCCUUACCCAUUCGCACCACCUCCCCCUCCCCCACCACCCAGGAAGUAAAGAGAUCUUAACUAAUGACAGAUCACCCUAACCUGUUCCCAAGUUCCCCUCGUCCUCCCUUUUAGUGUUUAUAUGUGUGGAAAUGCUAACCGGCUAAGGGCUUCUGUUUUAGAGUUUAUACUAUUAGGUUGUGUUGUGUGAAUGUGCUGACCAGUAAAGAAGCUUUAGUGUCUAGCACCUAAGCCAGAGGCGGUCAGACAUGUCUGUGUGAAAACUGUGAGUGGAUCCUUUUGAAUAUUGUGAAUGGCAAAAUCAUGUACCUGCAUCCAGUGUCUAUAGUGUGAGUUUGAUCUGUCCAUUUAUUUAGUCUUUUAUCAUUUCAUGACGUUAAUCUGGGGUUGAAUAGGGUGUGUGAACCAGCUCAGUGCCUGAUAUUCGCUUGAAAUCUUGAGAGAUUGUCCAGGCGGAGCUGCACCAGGCGGAGCUGUCAAGCCUGCAUUUCUUUUCUUUUUUUUAUACUGUUGUGCUUCUGAUUUACAGGGUUAAAUAAAGACUUUGAACCCC